GAAGGUUCAGAGGUGAUUCUGUGGCUCGCUGCGCCUCGGCUCUCCUAGCCAGACUGACGUUGGACAACAAAGAUGGCGGCAGGAACCAGCAAUUACUGGGAAGAUCUGAGGAAACAGGCUCGACAGCUGGAAAAUGAACUUGACCUGAAACUAGUUUCCUUCAGUAAACUAUGUACCAGUUAUAGUCACAGCAGUGCCCGAGAUGGAAGACGCGACAGGUAUAGCUCUGACACAACACCUCUUUUAAAUGGAUCAAGCCAAGACAGAAUGUUUGAAACAAUGGCAAUUGAGAUUGAACAGCUUUUGGCAAGGCUUACAGGAGUAAAUGAUAAAAUGGCAGAGUAUACCAACAGCGCGGGUGUCCCCUCCUUGAAUGCAGCACUGAUGCAUACGUUACAGCGACAUAGAGACAUAUUACAGGAUUAUACACAUGAAUUCCAUAAAACCAAAGCAAACUUUAUGGCAAUACGGGAAAGGGAGAAUCUCUUGGGAUCAGUACGAAAGGAUAUUGAGUCAUAUAAAAGUGGGUCUGGAGUAAACAACAGAAGAACUGAACUAUUUUUGAAAGAACAUGAUCAUCUUCGAAACUCAGAUCGUCUGAUAGAAGAGACAAUAAGCAUUGCUAUGGCAACAAAAGAAAAUAUGACUUCACAGAGAGGAAUGUUGAAGUCGAUUCAGAGCAAAAUGAACACUUUGGCCAAUCGUUUUCCUGCUGUGAACAGUCUGAUCCAGCGAAUCAACCUUAGGAAGCGGCGAGACUCACUCAUCCUCGGUGGUGUUAUUGGUGUCUGUACCAUCCUAUUACUGCUCUAUGCUUUCCAUUGAUGGGACGUCUCCGGGGACUUUUGACAACUACCAUUUUUAUGCCCUGAUCUGGAAUAAGGAAAAUUAGGAAAGAGAAAGACUGUCCUGAUAAUUAACCUGACCAGCAGGAUUAAUUCAAGACUGAUAGUGAUGGACUCUGUGACAUGGUCAGGUUGAGCUGAAGCCACAGUUUUUCUGUGCAAUCUUUUCUAACACACAUUUCCUUCUGUUUUUAGUUAAAAAAAUAAUAAUUCUUUUUCAGUUGCUUUUGUUUCCCCAGGAGGUAAGUAAACCAAUCAGAAACAGAGUUUCUGUGCUUCAGUGAUAGUGUUGAAGGCUGAUGGUAAGCCAGGUCUUAUAGCUGGACUCUUCAGAAAACCAGGUUUCUCUGUAUCCAAAGACGGCUUUCUCUUCAGCCACCAGAUUGGGUUGUGAAUAAAAAUAGUUCUUGUACUUUUAUUUUAUACUCAU